CCCGGCUUCAGGAUGCGGGAGGUGGCCUCCAUGUACUUCACCAUGAUCGCCGUGUUCCUGGUGGUGCUGGUGGUGGCCCUGCAAGGGACGGCUCCGCGGGAGAGCCCCUUCCCCUACACGGUGCCGCUGGAUCCCCAGGGGCUGCUCGAGCUCUCCUGGAACGUGAGCUACCCGCUGCGCCUGGUGCAUUUCCAAGUGCUGGUCAAGGAGCCCAAGUUCGGGCUCCUCUUUGGGAUGUCGGACCGGGGCGAGUUCGAGAACGCGGACCUGGCCGUGCUCUGGAGCGAUGGGCGCAACUCGUAUUUCGGGGAUGCCUGGAGCGAUGAGGAGGGGCAGCUCCACAUGGAUUCCCAGCAGGACUACCAGCUUCUCGGGGCACACAAGGCCCCCGAGGGGCUCUACUUGCUCUUCCGAAGAGCCUUCAGCACCUGCGACCCCAAGGACUACGUUAUAGAGGACGGCACCGUGCACCUCAUCUACGGGAUCCUGGAGCAGCCGGUGCAUUCCCUGCAGGCCAUCAACACCUCGGCCAUCCCCACGGGGCUGCAGCGGGUGCAGCUGCUCAAACCCAACAUCAGCGUCCCGGAGCUGCCCAGCGACAUGCAGAGCAUGGCAAUAACGGCCCCCGACGUCGUCAUUCCCAGCCAGGAGACGACCUACUGGUGCUACAUGGUAGAGUUGCCGGAAAAGUUCCCCAAACAUCACAUCGUCAUGUACGAGCCGGUGAUCACGGCGGGCAACGAGGCGCUGGUGCACCACAUGGAAGUGUUCCAGUGCGCGGCGGAGCAGGGCAGCGUGCCCGGCUACAACGGGCCCUGUGACGCCAAGAUGAAGCCGGCGCAGCUGAACGUCUGCAGGCACGUGCUGGCGGCGUGGGCCAUGGGAGCGCAGGCCUUCUACUACCCCGAAGAAGCCGGUCUUGCCUUUGGUGGUCCAGGCUCCUCCAGAUAUUUGCGUCUCGAGAUUCAUUACCACAAUCCCCUGGUGUUCAAAGGCCGCCGUGAUUCCUCGGGCAUCCGUCUCUACUACACGGCCAGGCUGCGCCGCUACGACGCCGGCAUCCUGGAGCUGGGCUUGGUCUACACGCCCGUGAUGGCCAUUCCACCGGGAGAAGCCGAGUUCCAGCUGAGCGGCUACUGCACCGACAAGUGCACCCGGCUGGCGCUGCCGCCCGCCGGCAUCCGCGUCUUCGCCUCGCAGCUCCACACGCACCUGGCCGGGAGGAGGGUGGUGACGGUGCUGGCGCGGGAGGGCAGAGCGCGGCGCGUCCUCAACGCCGACACGCACUACAGCCCCCACUUCCAGGAGAUCCGCAUGCUGAAGGAGCUGGUUCCUGUUUUGCCCGGCGACGAGCUCAUCACGACCUGCACCUACAACACGCAGGACAGGAGCCGCGCAACGGUGGGUGGUUUUGGCAUCAUGGAGGAGAUGUGCGUCAACUACGUGCACUACUACCCCCAGACGCAGCUGGAGCUGUGCAAAAGCGCCGUGGACCCCGGCUACCUGCGCCGAUACUUCAACCUCGUCAACAGGUUCAACGACGAGGAGGUCUGCACGUGCCCGCGGGUCUCCGUGCCGCAGCAGUUUGCCUCUGUGCCUUGGAACGCGUUCAACAGGGACGUGCUGCGAUCGCUCUACGGCUUCGCGCCCAUCUCGGUGCACUGCAAUAAAUCCUCCGCCGUGCGCUUCCCGGGCGAAUGGGAGAAGCAGCCGCUUCCCGAGGUGACGGAGCUGCGGGAUGCGGCGCCGCGCUGCCCGCCCGCGCCGGCCGCCCGGCCCCCGGCCCCUGUGGCCCUGCACCUGGGCAGGGGGCAGUGA